GACCUCGAAAAAAACCGAUCCUCAGAAUCCAAACGCUCUAGCUCAUCAAAAUUACACCAAAAAUUGUAAAAACUGCCAUUUGCAACCACGCAAAAGCUUGGCCUGCCACACAGACGCUCAUCGGACAACUUCGCCUUCUGGCCCUCAGGAAUUCGUAGAUAUGGCGCCUAGAAAGUCGCUGCGGAAGGUAGCGCGGCAGCCCGAAGUCAUUGAAAUCUCGUCAGAUUCCGAGUCGGCGUCAUCGGCGGAUGAGGCCCCCUCGGCAGAAACCCCCACCAGACACAGCCAGGAUGGCGACAAGCAAAAAUCCCCAAGGGAAAAGGGAAUUACCGAUGGAAACGAGCAGAUGGACAACAUCUUAACCUCGCCUGCGAGCGCAAAGUUGCCAGUUCGUGUUAAGGACACGGGCUCUACGAGACACAGGCACGUCAGCAUCGAGAUCCCGCUGCCAACUUCGUCGGUGCGGUCCAGGGACGAUGAGAUCCUGGACAGCGGCGGGGGAAACGAGGAAGUCUUCAAGACGCCUCUGCAUGUGAGGAAGCACAUCACAUUCGACAGCGAUGGUGAGGAGUUCGUCACGCCCAUAGAAGCCCCGUCCAGGAACCCCCUCGAGCGCAGUCUCGCCGCCAAGGCUUCAGCAGCGAGGGCAUCUGCAGUCAAGGCACCGCCAGCCGGAGCACCACUAGCCAAGACACCCGGUGUCGAGGCAAAGGAAGUUGCGCCGGAAGCGGACGAGGAUGAUGAGAGCGACAACGACAACGACGACGCGCCCCCAGAAGCUAUCUCUUCACAUGCCGCUGAAACACAGCUGGCAAAAUCCGUAGAGGCUGCCGCAAAGGCUGUAGAGAAACAAGCUGCCGCGCUUAAGCGCAAGCGCAAGGAGCGUGAUGCCGUCUUCAAGGGACAGGCUGAAGAGAGAAAAAGCACCCAGAAGAAGCUAGCCACCCUCCAAGAAGGCGAGGUGGAUUCAAAGCCACAGGAUUCGGCGUCGUCCGAGAAGUGGAAGAGGGCAUUGCCCAAUCUACUUCCCCUAGAGCUGCUAGAGUCGGACGACGAAGAUGACAGUCCUCAGCGGCCCAACUCUGCCGUCGACAGCAAGCCCAAGAGAAGGAAGCUUGGUGCCGCCGCCGAGCGGAAACUGGCCUACGGAGCCAAGGCCCCACGAGACCAAAAGGUGGGAUCGACAGUGUUUAGAGUCGUGGCAAACCGCGGAGACGAGAGUUUGGCGCCCAGGCUCAAGAAGGUCACGAUGCAUGUCAAGGAGCAGCUCCUUAAAAGGCAUCGAGUGCCUCAGGCCAAGGGCGGAUCUUUUGUCAAGAGUCGGUAGACGGAUCGUGGCUGCUCAUGAGAAAAGCAUUCGACGCGAACCUUCUUUCCGACCGGCCCAAGGACCGGAACUCAUCGGGCAGUUGCAUUCUGUCACCUGGCAUUUGGAUCUCGGCCUAUAGGGUGUGAAGACAGGGCAACCUCGAUUCACAAAAUGCACGCGCUAUCUUGUGGAAGGCAUUGAUUCUAUGCAGCGUGUGAUGUUUUUUAGGAUUGCAACAUAGGUUUGCGAGACAGUAUUGAUGGGCUUGGAGAACAAAAUUUGGCGGUUCGCAUCACGGACCGGGAUGGGCUAGGAUCUGACUAGUAGUAAAAUGUACUGGGGACAUAGCAACGAGCAUGAGAAAGAGUUAUGUGUCAUUUUUUAUAAGUAUCAUUUCACGGGAUUGGGAAAUUUGACAUUUGACUCGCAAG